GGUUUCAUGCGAUACGUACUGAAAUCCCCGCACCUGUUUCAGUUUGAGUUGGAGUGAAAAGAGAUAAACAAUAUAUUUCCCGAGGCUAGGGUUCUUGCAAACAAUGCACUUGCCUAAACUGGUGAAUCAUCUUCGGAGCUGCAGCACCUACGAGAAUUUCUUAUCGGGCUAUAUACCGUGAUAGGCGCCUGCAAAUAAGGCACAGUGCGUUAUGCCAACCUGAGAGCACUCUCAGAGAGGAUUGAAUUGCAGUCGUAUCGAGCGAAUAAUUGUUGUUCGUUUAAGAAUAGUAGUGCAUCCGAACGUACUUUUAAUAUCGUCACGUCAAUGCACUCGAGUGUUAAUUCUUAUUUCUACCGAAGAAUUACAUAAUGUAUGUGCAUGAGUCACAGGGUGAAUAGGGGGGACGUGCAAACGUCAAAAUCGUGCUGCAGCGAUUUUCUUGUAUUCUAGCUUGGAUCUGUACAAGAAAGUCUGGCAGGGCAUUUACGAUGAGCAAGAAAUACUAUGCACCUUUUCACGUGUGACCAGGUAUUUGUUAAUCAAACAAAGUAGCUGUUCGUAUCGCAUUUAUUACUGAAAAAUGCCAGCACCACCUCCACCUCUCUCAAGUUUGCCAGAGGCACCUAUGUGUGAAAAAACAGAAGUAAGUGACGCGGACUCCCUGCCUCCUUGGGCCAAAAUUACCCUCACAUCUGUAGAGGCAGAAAUUGAAAAGCUGAUAUCUCGAAAUGAAUUGAAGGAUGCAGAAGUUACAUAUUUUUGUCAAGUUGAACCAAUUCUGCAAGAUGGACCACAAUGUGGUCUGGUGGCACUUGCUAUGGCAUCACAAGAGUACACAAAGCCAGUUUCUGUGAGCCAACUGCUAGCUGAAGCACGUGUAAGGGGCUUCACGCAACAUGGAGAAGUGUACAGUGUUGAUUUUAUGGGCACAUUAGCAGCUGAAUAUUUACCUGACCAUAGACCGGACAUCUUAGUAGAUUUACAGCAAUGCCCAGAUACAUUAACACAUGCUUUAGCUCAUGGAGCAAUAGUACUAAUUCCAUAUGAUUCUGAUUUCAAUCAUGCUCCAUGUUUAAAAAGAGGCCAUAAAUCUCAUUGGGCAUUACUUGUGGGUCUAAUUUCAUCUAGACAAGGAUAUCAUGUAUUAGCACGUCAUGGAAAAUCACGACACUUAGCUUGUUGGCCGUUACGCGAUUUGAUCGAGAGUAAUGGUAAUUUGGAAGAAGAAGGAACAGCUAGACACGCCGGAGGGUACGUUAUACCAAAGGGAGGAGUCGGAGGCCAGAGAGGUUUACGCGGUAGGGCACUGGCAUUGCACCCAUACAUAUAAGAUCGUGUACAAGAAUUGUAGGUAAUUAAUAUCACAGUGAAAGACAGAAAUUACUACUACAAUAUGACUGUAUCCACGUUACAGUAUAUGGUAAAUAUUCAAAGGCAUAACGUUUGCACAGCUGCUACAGAAUUUAAUUAUUUAUAAAAUCGUGAUGCUUUUAAGUAACAUGUAUUUCAAUUUGCAAUGCAUUUUUCGGUUUACAUUUAAUGGGGAGUAUCAUGAUUCUCAAAUUCGAUAUUAGAUGUGACUAACGGGUGAUAUUUCAUUCGUUCAGUUCCGACACACAAUGUAAAUAAUGAUUUAUCAUGUAUGUUUGACUUACACGCACGCGAACGAUUUGAAAGAUGCUUUCUUUCAUUGUUUCGACGUAUCAAGCUCUUCCUGUGAUGCAGCACGUGUUGAGCGUAAAAAGAAAAAAAGUGGGCAUGCACACGUGUAUUAAAAAAAAAAAAAACAAAUGUAGACGA